CUUCGUGCUGUUGGGCAAAACUUGACCCGGCAGGUCUCAGGCACUGCUGUCUUCUAUAUCCAUCGGAAUGCAAAUAGAGGAGGGGCCUGUCGGAGCGGUGCCGUGCACUUGCCCUCCAACUUCCCCUGCAGGACGAAGGGGAGGGAAAUGGGAGCCAAGUUAACUUAGCUAUACUGCAUAGGGCACCGGCGGGUGGGUCGCUUCGACAAUGCAGUCGUUGGAGGCUGCUCGGGCGACAUUCUCCCUGCGGGUAUGGCACCUGCCUCUCCUUUUCUGUCUGACUACAUUUCUGCUUUUGGUCCAGGAGCCCCCGACUAUGGCUGAGGGAUUCGGCCUCGUUUCGGUGGACUAUGAGGUGUUUGGGAAAGUGCAAGGGGUGUUUUUCCGCAAACAUACCCAGGCACAAGGAAAAAAGUUGGGUGUAGUUGGCUGGGUCCAGAAUACUAAUUAUGGCACCGUGCAAGGACAAAUCCAAGGCCCUCUUGUUAAAGUGCAACAACUUCAGGAAUGGCUUCAGAAAACAGGAAGUCCCAAGUCUCACAUUGACAGAGCUGAAUUCCGCAAUGAAAAGAAAAUUGCUCAUUUAGAGCAUAGUGACUUUUGCAUAGUCAAAUAACAGGUCUAAGGAGAGAAAGUGUUGGAUUUAUAAAGUCAACCAUGGACUUGUCUAGAAGAGAGCCAUUCAUUUAGUUUUCAUUUUCUAGUAAUUGGUCACAUGCAUAUUCUUUCCCUGUAACUAUUAUUUAUUUUAUGAAGCAGCUAUUAAAUGUUUUAAGAUAAAUGUUU